CUUCACCUUGAAUCCAUGACCAUCAGCAACCAGCUGGACAGCCUCAUCUCCCCACAAUGAGCCAGACGAAUGAAGUACAGCAGGCCGACGCAGGUACCUCGAGCUCUUCCGCAGCAGCCCCGCCUCGUAUCGUCGGGCCCGAUGGUCUGACCAACAAGGAGCGCCGCCUAGCCAAGCAGGCCGAGAAGAAGAAGCGGGCAGAGGGAGGGGCAGCAGAGACUGUAGUGCAAUCGACGUCAGCGGCCAGCGCAGAAGCACACUCAAAGGCCAUCAAGAGGAAGAACGACAAUGAUGAGACAGCUAUACAGGCAGACGGUAUUGCGAGCGAAGACGCAACAGCGCCGGCAGCAGAGGGAGAGCAGGAGGGCGAGGUAGAAGCUCUCUCCCACAAGGAGCAGCGCAAGCGGCGUCGACUGGAGAAGAAGGGUCUCCUCCCAGCACCAGGCUCAGCAGAAGAUGGCAGCGCUGCAGAGAAGAGGGAGGCACUGCCGGAACGAUCCCCUUACGCCAUCUGGAUCGGUAAUUUGAGCUUCAUGACUAAUGCUCAGAGGCUGCAGAGCUGGCUGGAAGAAAAGGGAUUGCAGGGUAUCAGUCGAGUGCAUAUGCCGAAGGGCGUUAAGAAGUUUGAGCAGAACAGAGGGUUCGCAUACGUUGACCUGCCGACAGCCGAGGCUGUACAGGCAGGCGUGACCCUUUCGGAAGACCACCUCGAAGGCCGCCGUCUUCUCAUCAAGUCAGCAACAGACUAUACCGGCCGGCCAGCUCUGAACCCUGCAAUGGCAGCACUUGCUCAGGCCACACCCUCAGCAGGCAAUGUGGCAGCCAGUACCGGCGCUGGUGCCGGGCCCACCCCAGACGAAGCUUCCCCAGCUGGCCCACCCGUUAUCACGCCCGGAGGAGGAAAGACGGGUCUGACCAAGACGGCGCAGAAGAUUCUCCGAGGCCAGAAGCACCCUGCUGGUCCGACGCUCUUCGUUGGCAAUCUCAGCUUCAAUUCUACUCAAGAGGGACUGCUGGAGCUCUUUGAAAGGAGUGCAAAGGCGAGGGAAAGCUGGACUAAGAGUGUCAAGGAGAGGAAGAGGGAGGAGAAGAGGGAGAAGCGCAAGGCGGAUUCCCUGGAGGCCAAGAAGAGGAGGGCAGAGAGGGACGCUGCCAAAGCACUCAAGUCGGGGACAGAGAGCGGCAGUGACAGCGACAGUGAUGAGGACGAGGACGAGGACGAGGACAAGGCCAAGGUUGAUGCAGCAUCUUCUGAUGGCGACGACGAUUCCUCGAGCUGUUCUUCGUCGUCAUCUGAUGAAGAGCAGGAGGACGAGGAGGAAGCUACCCCGCGAGGAGCUGGAGUGCGAAAGGUGCGCAUGGGCACAUUCGAAGACACUGGAAAGUGCAAAGGAUUCGCAUUCGUCGACUUCUUUACACCAGUCUACUCCACUGCCUCUCUCAUUGACCCCCACAACUACCGACUUGAUGGACGAGAGCUCACCCUCGAGUUUGCAGGAGCAGACGCCGUGCGUAGAGGAGCACCCAAGACUCAGCGCACUGGUACUGCUGGCGGAGGAGGCGGUCGAGGCAAGUGGCCUAGCUCGCGUGAGAGUCUGGGUCAUAAGCCCGAGAGGCGCGAGCGGACCGGUGGUCCUCGAGCUGACAAGCUCAGAGCUAGAGCUGCUGCAGCUCCUGCUGCUCAGGCAGCUGGAGAGGAGACGGCAGCUUCUGCUGGCGUGGAUUUGGGUGUGGUGUCGACCAAUCCGAACCACAAGGAGAACCAGGCGGAGCGACGUGCUCGUCGAGAGAGGGAGGGUGGAGCCAAGGGAGGCUAUACAAGGAGGGCCAAGCCGGGAGCGGCCCUGGCGAAUGCGCAGAGGGGUAAAGUGGGUAUUGAUACCACUGGUGAGGCCGGUACCAAGGUCACCUUCGACUGAAUACAAGCACACCCUAACCAUCCGUAUGCCUUGCAAUGUCACUUGUCAUUCUGUCUCUUGGUCGUGAUUGCUGGUGAGAAUUGAUGUGAGCCCUGAAGCCCCACCUGUUGCUGCGAGCCUCGUUGUCGUGGGGUGUUGCCCCCUGUGCUGUGGCUCCUUAGAGGCCAUUUCCUCCCUCUUCCUCAUCGUCUUCUCGCCUCCACGUCUCCCAAUGCUGUAUCAGCCUCUGUGCCGUCAUUCC